AAUAUAACCAAACAAAAAUCAGUUUAAUUGUGUUUAAGCGCAAAUAAAUGCAACAUAUUACCGUCACAAAAUGCUCUCCAAUUUAUUAAUAACAAAUCAAAAAUUUGUGCUCAUUAUUGAUGAAACCAAUCGCGAGCGCAUUGCACAAAAGUUCAUUGGUCAACUGCUGCACGAGCAGGGGCAGGAGGUGGGCAGCAUUAAGACCUUGCCAAUUGGCAUGCAACUGCAGCACGUGGCCAGCUAUGAAGCGCUUUUAAAUGAAAUUACAAACAACAAUAAUAAUAACAACAAUAGUAGCGUCGGUGCUGGCGGCAACAACAGCAGUAGUGAGGAAUCAUCGACUUUAAAAAAUGGCUACAAUAUAAUAAUGCCUACUUUGGCCGAUUUAUUGUGCUAUCAAACACCCGCAUAUAUCUUUGAAUUUCUCAACAAACUUCGUCGUGCGGAGCAUGUGCGUCGCAUCUUUCUCUGGGCAUCACCACAACAUCUCCAGUAUGAGCAUGCGGCCUACAUUCUAGCAUGCUGCGAAUAUUUGGCCGAAUUAGUGCUUCAUCUAGAGACGGAGACAACGCUGUCGCUUAUAUCCCGUAAGGUGGGCGGCGGUGUGAGCAACAGACGCUACGCAUGCCAGAUGACCAAAACACAAUUUCAAGUGACCCCACUGGCGGUAACAGCAGAUUCUCAAAUUUCACCGCAGCCAGCGCACAUGGAUGAAGUGAAGCCCAUCGAUAGUGGUGGCGGAAGCACCUUCAAAAUCGAGCUCGACGAGGAUGAGGUGGUAGCCCGCAAUGCGCUCACUAUGCCAUACGAGCGCACCAGCGAGCCAGCCGAGGGAAACAUUAUUUACACGCCUGAUGCAGCCGAUGACUUCGACGAGGAGGAUCCCGAUGAGGAUCUGUGCAUCUAAUGCGUCAAUCCAAGGCGCAAACGCAAGUACAAAAAUGGCAUUGGCUUUAAAAACAGCGUUACCUAGAAAAUUCCGCCCCAACAAAUAACCACAUACAUAAACUUCAUGUUGCAAGAUUUCAAAAAUUUAUUACACUAGCAAAAAUGUCGCAGUUUUAAAUUGUGGCAUUGUAUGUACAAGAGACGAAAAAACGUUGUUGGUGCAACUUAAAUGCUAUAUAACUUGUUGGCAAUACUCCUGUUUAAAAAAAACAUAAACAAUAACUGUCGAAUGGCGCUAGAUCGUUACAUUAUAUCACAUUCUAUAAGAAACAAGAAGAAGUAAGAAUAAAAAGACAUUUAAGUGCUUGAUUAAGAGACCAAGUGAGCAAAAAUGUGCAUUGAGUGAUUGAAUUUAAUUGGAGUAUUAAAAAAGAUAUUUCUGAUUCAAAAUAUCUUGUUAGAAACAUA